GUCCCGUGCGGGCGACGUGGGCUGCCGGCCGGCGGCGGCCCGCGCCGCCAUUCUCGGUGUUGGGAUCAGGGCACUAAAGGUUGGGACCAUGGCCGGCGCGGGCGGGCCGGCGACGGUACUCGCCGAAAUUCUGGACAUCAACGCUGCGGGGACCAAACGGCUCACUGUCAAUGGACACCUCUUCCGACGAAGUAAGGCGAGCGAGGGCGCCGAGUACUGGAGCUGCCUAGAGCGUCACUGUCCGAUGACGGCCGUGACGCGUGACGGCCUGGUGACGCUCCUGGGCGGGGUGCCGGCCCGUGGUCACGCCCACCCGCCGGCCACGCCCCAGCAGCAGCUGGCGCAGGCGCUCACCGCCAGCCUGCUGCGGCGCGUCAGGACGAACCUGCGGACGCCGGUGCCGGCGCUGUUCCAGCAGGAACUGGACUCUCUGAUGGCCUCAAUCACGAGCGCGCUGCCGUCCUACGAGACGGUACGCUCCCGUCUGUACCGCGCUCGCCAGGCGGCCGCUGGAGACCAGCCCGAGUCGCCACCGGCAGCCGACACCGCCGACCGUGCCGCAGCCUGUGCUGUAUCGGCGCCAGAUGGCACUAACAUCAACUACAGCGAAGCAGAUGGUCAAGGGUCGGCAAGGACUUCCAUAGAUGCUGACCUGAACACGGGAGAUGUGACGGAGGGUGUAUCACCACGACCGGAUGAUGCCGUUCACUCAGAGGGCGAACGCUCUGACACGAACGGUGACCUGGUGGGCUGUACUCGGUCCACUGACACCCCAGCUGGAGAGACCCAAACCAGCAGAGGAUCGGCGCGAACUGUCCGACAACGUGCCCGUGGGACUGAGCCGAGGCGGAAGGGAACGGGCAGCAGUCUGAAGCGGAGCGGGAUGACCGCCGGGGCCGGCGCGGUGCAGACUACCGACCUGCCGCCGGCCAUAUUCGGCACCUCCGCGCGCGGCCUGCCAACCAUGCAGGUGCUCGAGUUCCAGUUCCGACGCUGGAAGGUGACUCAGAGCUCGCCACCGGUCGAGUACUGGACAUGCACCGCGGACGGGUGCCGCUCGACCGCCACCACCCGCGGCCGGCGGCUCACCCGACUGCGGCAGCGGCACGCACACGAGCCACCCACCGAGGCCCGUCGGCGCGCCGCGUGUUUAGUAGAGCUGCGCCGGCGAGCGCGCCUUGAGACCACGCCGAUGCCGCAGCUGUACAGACAGGAGCGGGAGCGAGCCGGCCGGCCCGACCACUUCCCUUCGCUGGCCUCGGUGCGGACUAUAUUGUACAGAGAGCGGCAGCAGGCGCGACGGGCGGCGAAGGCAGCGGAGGAGGCGGCUAAGGCAGCUGGAUCGGCGGCUGUGACAGGCGCAGCGGGAGUUGCAACGAGAGCAGUGCCAAUGCCGGGUAGUUUGGCCAUGGCGCCAGCGCCGGCGGCAGCACUUCAGAGCGGACUGCACCCGAGUGUCUCCUCACAUGGACCGCAGCCGAGUGUGCCCUCACAUUUACCACAGCCUAGCGUGUCUUCCCACGGACCUCAACCGAUUGUACCCGCACACGGACCUCAACCGAUUGUACCCGCACACGUACCUCAACCGAUUGUACCCGCACACUUACCUCAGCCCAUCGUGCCCUCACACGGACCUCAGCCGUGUGUGAACUGGUCCUGGGCGGGGUACGGCCGACCGAGCGGCCACUGGUGACACCGCCCGCUGGCAGUGGUCUGUUGAUUCGUACUGGAUUCGUACUCAGCUGCCCUGUUCAUGUAAAGCCACGGCCGCUGCCGGCUAGGUCAAGAUCCGUGUUUGCGGAGUGCCGACAAGCGUGAAUAUGAUAGUUAUAUGCACGAACAGC